AUGUCCUACGGCGGCGACGACUCCUCCAUCCCGGACAAGCUCCGGCUCGACUACGCGCCCACCAGCCGCGCGUCCUGCAAGGGCUGCGGCCGCGGCAUCGGUCAGGGCGAGGUCCGCUGCGGCGUCAAGGUGCGCUCGCAGUGGCACGACGGAUUCGACAUGCACUUCCACCACGUGGCGUGCGCCCCCAAGGCCUCCGGGCCCGGCGCCUUCAAGGGCGUGCAGCGGCUGCGCUGGGCCGAUCAGGCGGCGCUCGCCGACGCCCUCAAGAUGCCGCUCGAUGAGAGCAAGCCGGCGGUGAAGAAGGCGAAGCGGCUCAACGAGCUGGUCUGGGGCGUGGUCGACAAGGUGGCGAGCGUGCCCAAAAAGCAGCUGCGCGAGGCGCUCGAGGAGAACGAUCGCUUCAUCACCGACAAGAUGUCGCCCGCCGAGCUCGCCUACAUGAUUGGCGACUCGCUCGUGUCCGGGCUGCUUCCGCCGUGCCCGUUCUGCGAGUGCAAUGCCCUGGUGGGGGAGGGCGGGAUGAUCCGCUGCGCCGGCUUCGCCGCCGGCACCACCUCCUGCCGCUUCUCGCUCGUCCUCGACUCCGUCUUUGACGAGCCGCUCGGCUCGGAAGAGAUGCGCGGCCGCACCAAGCGAGCGGGCGUGUUUGAGCCCACGCAGCCGCUCGCGCGCGCGCUCAAGGACUGGUCGCCGCCGAAGGACGCGCCGCCGUUCCAUGGCGAUCUGCAUGGUGAUAUCGACUCGGGGGACGACGAGGAGCUGGACGGGUCGUGCGACGCAAAGUACGCGUGGCAUUCGGUCCUCAACGCGGUCGACCUCGCCGACGGCACAAACAAGUACUACAAGAUGCAGCUGCUGCAGACGGGCUCCUCGCGGAGGCAAGAGCAAGUCGGUGCCAGGCUACCUCAACUCGGACGCGCCAAGAAGGAGUUUCGCGAACAGUUCAAGAAGCUCGCCAAGUGCGACUUUGAGUGGUGCGAGCCGCCGGUGCAGCACCCUAGCGGGUACGCGGUCACGCUGCUGCCGGGCCAGCUCUCCGACGAGGCGACGGGCGAGGCGGCGGCGGGCGGCGGCGGCAAGUCGGCCAGCGGCUCCGCGAUGGGCUCGUCGCUGCCGCCGCCGGUAGCGCGGUUCGUGUCUCUGAUCGGCGACAAGAAGAUGAUGGCUGCGCAGCUACAGGAGAUGCACGUCGACCUCGAAAAGAUGCCUCUCGGCUCCAUCUCGACGGCGCAGAUCAAGCGCGGCUACGAGGCGCUCACGCGCGUCGCGACGCAGCUGCAGACGCCGGCGGCAGACGGCGACGAGCAGAAGCACCGGCUGCUCACGCUGACGACGCACUUCUACACGACGAUCCCGCACAAGUUCGGCCUCGACGAGGUGCCGCCCGUCAUCGACUCGCUGCCGAUGCUCAAGGACAAGCUCGACAUGGUCGAGGCGCUGCUGCAGGUGCAAGAGUCGCAGAAGCUCUCGAAGAGCCUCGGCCCGGCCGCCGAGCAGCACCCGCUCGACGCUAUGUACGCGCAACUCCAGUGCGGGCUCGCGCCGGCGUCGGAGGCGGAGCACGAGAUGGUCCGGCGGUACGCGGCCAACACGCACGGCUCGACGCACGACACGUACAAGAUCAACGUCAAGGACGUGCUCGCCGUCUCGCGCGCGGCCGAGCAGCCGGGCUUCAAGGCGUCGCUCGCCAACCGGCAGCUGCUGUGGCACGGCUCGCGCCUGACCAACUGGGCGGGCAUCCUCUCGCAGGGGCUGCGCAUCGCGCCGCCCGAGGCGCCCGUCACGGGCUACAUGUUUGGCAAGGGCGUCUACUUCGCAGACAUGAGCUCCAAGUCGGCAAACUACUGCGGCGCCACUUCCGCCAACCCGACCGCCGUCCUGCUGCUCUGCGACGUCGCUCUCGGCUCGCAGUACGAGCGGCUCAACGCAGAGUACGAGGCGGCGGAGAGCUGCAAGAAGGCGGGCAAGGCGUCGACUUGGGGCGUGGGCAAGUUCGCGCCCGCCGACGGGGGCGCGAGCUCGAUCGAGGGCGGCGCGAUCCGCGUGCCGAUGGGCGAGGCGGGCGACUCCGAGUACAUGAAGGCCAACUUCGCGCGGCUGCAAAAGGCGGAGGGCGGCAAGGCGCGGGCGGCUCUCCUCUACAACGAGUACAUUGUCUACGACGUCUCGCAGAUCCAGAUGAAGUACGUAGUCGUGUGCGAACUCGAGUUCGACGGCUGAGGGUGGCGGCUGCUGCGGCGGAGUUUGCGCCGGCAGCGGGCAGCGCCGACUCCAACCCACCCGGCGCCUCUCUCCCAGGGGCGGGGAGGCGGGUAAGUUGCCUCUCUCGAGUACAGAGUACAGGUAGCGUCUUUGGGGCGGGUUCGGGGUUGCACACGGAUCGUUUGAGUUGUUCUGCGGGAUGGCCAUGUGGGGAUGGCGCGGGGCGCGGGGCGGGGGGGCGGCAGUGAAGCCGUAUGGGCGCCAGAGAGGCGCAGCGCGGCGAGCGGCCCCCCUGCCAGCAAGCGCUAGUAUGCUAGUACCGGUCGGUUCGCACACGCUAAGUUCUAAGUAAACCAGACUUGCUCUC